AGUUAGUUAUUGAUGAGACAAGAAUUACUCGCCUUUCGGGCUGCACCAUCCAGGGCUCUCCAGCCUUCCGUCCCUUUGUGGCCUGAAACACGCCAGAUCAGUGGCCUCCAACUUGACUGGACGAGAGUGGACCUUGCCACAGAGUGACACCGCAAAGGAAGCGUUGGUGACCAGGCAUUGUGACCAGUAGCAAGGCACAAACGACCAGCAUCCAGGCGCGAGCUCUGGACACAACAAGUGACCAGCUCUGAGUCAACAGAAGGGUUGUUCGUCUUCAGGCCUUACCCGAUAGGGUCAUUGCUUUCCGAAUUCCAGCUUUCCCACCUUCCCCACUCGCCCUCCCACCUCAGCUCCUUAUCCGCCACCGCCGACCACACCAUCGCACUUACCACCACCGUCUGCUCAACACAGACUCGCGAAUCCGUACAUACACCCCGAAGCAUAGUGCAGAAAUUUCCGAUUUCUAGCCGCCGGACUGCGGAAGUGCCAAACUGCCAACAUGACGUCUCCACGCCGCCGCAUCGAGACCGAUGUCUUGAAGAUGCUCAUGAGCGACUACGAGGUGACGCUCGUGAACGACAACAGGCAAGAGUUCUACGUGCGCUUCAAAGGGCCAGCGGAAACCCCAUUUGAGGGCGGCGUUUGGAAGGUGCACGUCGAGCUGCCGGACCAGUACCCGUACAAAUCCCCGAGCAUCGGCUUCGUGAACCGGAUCUUCCACCCGAAUAUCGAUGAGCUGUCGGGCUCGGUCUGCCUCGACGUCAUCAACCAGACGUGGUCGCCGAUGUACGACAUGAUCAACAUCUUCGAGUCCUUCUUGCCGCAGCUGCUCCGCUAUCCGAACGCGUCCGAUCCGCUCAACGGGGAGGCCGCAGCCCUGUUGCUGAGGGAACCGAAGAGCUACGAGCAGAAGGUCAGGGAAUACGUUCAGAAGUACGCCAAGUCCACGGAGGAGGAGGCCGACAACGAGAGCGAGGACGACGACGCGCUGUCCUCUGUCGGUAGCUAUGCCGAGGACGAUGAGGAGGACGCCCAGGCGGCGGGGCAGAUGGACGACGUAUGACGAUACGGGGGUGUGGAUGGCCGGCGGUCCGUCUCAAUGAUGGGUCCCC